CCUGAAAGCGAAUUUCUUGUUUACCCACUAAACCAAAUCCUCAUAAAAUAUUUAAUCAUGUUUGUUAUUCUUUUUUAGAAUUUUGCUAUCUUGUAGUACAAGUUUGCAAAGAUUCUAAUCAUACAAAAUAUUAUCUCUCCUGUGGAGAUGACUGAGCAAUUACUAAUCCAUCUGUCUCUGUCUUUCAUCAUUUUACAAAGCUUCAGAUAUUUGCCUCUGCUGCCAACUGCAUUACCUCAGGCGAUUGACUUGACUUGGCCACCAUUUGUCCCUGAUUAUUAUGUACUUAUUUGCCUGGUCGUGCGGUGCAUAUAUGAUAUAUCUUGCAGCUAAGCGGCUGCUCCUCUACUCCUCCUUGUCGUCAGGCCGUUGCCGUGGAGCGGAGACCUGCGUUUUUGAUACAUAGAGCAGAGUAAGAAGCCCUACCCAUGGUUGUUUUACUCAUCUUGAAGUGGGGGAGAGGGAGAUGAUGGUUUGUUGGGGUUAACUGUGGGUUCCGCUUCUGCUCCAGCAAGUCUAAUCUGGCCUCUGCCCUCUCUGCUCUCGUCCCUUUCUUGUUACUCACAAGUUGACGUUUUAGGUAGGUCGUUGUCUGAUCUCGUUCUGUCCCUUAGAGCUUUCUUUCUGAAAAGGGUAGAGGGCCCUCCGUUCCAUAUUAUUUGCCGUUUAUUUAUUACAAAUUUGUACUAAAUUAGCGACAAUUAAUAUGGAUCGGAGGGAGUAUUUUUUGUUUUGAAACGUAUUGUAAAUUUCUUUGUCAUCGGCUUUUCGUGUUAGAGGCCUUGGGGCCACACUUUCUUGGCGUGGCUUCGUGUUUGUGGCCGAAAAUCUCAUUUAUCUUGGUGAUCCGCUUUUUGGUUAACUUCUACGAUUUUCUUCUAAGUUGAUGCUACAGUAAUUUUAACCUAAAACUAUUAGUUCUGUAUGGUUUAGCAGUUUAUAUUAUGCUCUCUUCCUGCCAUGAGCCCAUGACAAUGUUCGGCUAUGAUUAUCUUGAUCAUAUCAUGUUGUAUUCCUUAUGAAUUGGGUGAUUCAAUUGAGCGCUGGUGAUUUUUCCACCAUAGUAAGUUACCGGAAGUUCAGUAGUUGAGGAAUGGAGAAAAAGGCCCCCAAACCUUCAUACAACUCUGCUUAUGGUUACGGGAAUUCAUCAACAGGGUCUAACUCGAGAUAUGCAACUGCACCCCCGGGUUUGAGCCCGUGGUAUGCCUCUUCUGCGGGCAACAAUGUGCAGCAACCAGAAGCACAAGCCACUCUGCAGAGGAAGUACUCCAGGAUUGGCGAUGACUACCGCACUGUGACUCAAGUGACUGAAGCUUUGGCACAAGCCGGUCUUGAAUCUUCAAACCUUAUUGUAGGCAUUGAUUUUACGAAAAGUAACCAAUGGACAGGAAAAAAUUCCUAUAAUCGGCGUUGUCUGCAUGAUAUUGGAAGAACUCCAAACCCGUAUGAGCAAGCCAUAUCUAUUAUUGGAAGGACACUCUCGGAUUUUGAUGAAGACAAUUUGAUUCCCUGCUUUGGAUUUGGUGAUGCGUCAACUCAUGACAAGGACGUAUUCAGCUUUUAUCCAGAGGACCGCCCUUGCACUGGAUUUGAAGAGGCAUUAGAAAGAUACAGACAAAUCGUUCCAGCUCUUCGAUUAUCUGGACCAACAUCUUUCGCUCCAAUAAUCGAGACAGCAAUUGGGAUCGUGGACAGCACUGGUGGCCAAUAUCAUGUUCUUCUGAUAAUUGCUGAUGGACAGGUUACUCGAAAUGUGGAUACACAGUCUGGGCAGUUAAGCCAACAGGAGUGGGACACCAUUAACGCUAUAGUGAAAGCUAGCCAGUUUCCCUUGUCUAUUGUUCUCGUUGGGGUCGGUGAUGGACCGUGGGAUAUGAUGCAUAAGUUUGACGACAACAUACCUGCUCGGUCAUUCGACAAUUUCCAGUUUGUGAAUUUCACUGAAAUCAUGUCAAAGAGCAUAGCAGCUGACAGAAAAGAGGCUGAAUUUGCGCUGUCAGCAUUGAUGGAAAUCCCUACGCAGUACAAAGCAACACUUGAUCUCCAACUCCUCGGUCGUCGCCAAGGACUACCUCCAAGAGUUCCUCUGCCUCCACCAACAAAGACUGCUUCUUCACGGUCUACUAGCUCUGACCAACAGGCUGGUGUUUAUUCACGGUCUAGUGUCUUUGGCCAACAAACAAGUGGGUUUCAGCAAUCAGACAGUUUCAAACAGCGACAGCAUGCAGCUACAAGGAGGCCUGACAGUCAUUCAUCAGAAAGUUCAGAAAGCACACUUUCAUGCGCCAUAUGUAUGGAUAAAUCAAAGGAUCUUGCAUUUGGAUGUGGACAUCAGACUUGCUAUGACUGCGGGGGAAAAUUGGUGCGCUGCCCUAUGUGCCAGAAGCACAUAACCACCAGGAUCAGGCUGUACUGAUCAAAAACCAACCUCCUAAUGCUUUUGAAGCCUAUGGCGCUGUCAAUACUGAAGAAGUUCGGUGCAGGAUGUUCAAAAUCCGCAUAAAUUUUACUUGUUGUCCAUAAAUUUAAGCGUUCUUACUGCAGUUGGAGUGCCUUCAACUAGCUGGUGAUUUAAGGCCCUGCAGGGUUUAUUUUCGAUUUCCGGCAAGGGAAAUGUGGAUUGAACCAUUUCGGUAAAAUUUCUGUGUUCCAAAUGGGCUCUUCCUGUCCAUACAAGGCACUGAAGAAGUUUCCCUGGAAAAUAAUACACAUAUUGCUUUCCUUUCUUUCUCUUGUAAAUAAAAUGAACAGUAGAGAAAUUGUAGGAUGAACCAAUUUGGAAGUCAUUUGCAUUGUAUAUUAAUUAAAACCUGUUAUAACUGUUGAAUA